AGACAAAGCAACCAUUCUUCUUCUCUUUCUGUCAUGCCUUGUGCCUCUCAUUAACACCAACCCUUAUUCUCAAUUCUUCACCUUCUUCGUUCUCUCUUCUCAUCUCUUUCUUUCUACCUCGUUAUACUUUUUUGUCUUUAUAUCCGGUUCAAGCAGCUGAAGAAGAACGAUCAAGAAUCAAGAAUCAAGACUCUGUUCUGUUCUGUUUUGUUCUUAGCUCUGAUGGGUUCUUGCUUCAGUUCUCCAGUCAAGGCCGAUGAAUUUUCAUACAAUGAUAAGAGCAGCUAUCUGUCCGGUCUAAGCAUGUCGAGCCGGACAUCGUCAUCCGUGAGGGCUGCAGCUCAGAAGACGGAAUGGGAGAUACUUGAUUCGACGCCAGUCAAGAGCUUCACCUUCCACGAGCUCAAACUCGCAACCAGAAACUUCAGACCGGACAGUGUGGUCGGAGAAGGUGGGUUUGGUUGUGUCUUUAAAGGCUGGUUGGAUGAAACCAGUCUCACUCCUACAAAACCCGGAACCGGUUUAGUCAUCGCAGUAAAAAAGCUUAACCAAGAAAGUUUUCAAGGCCACCGUGAAUGGCUGACCGAGAUUAAUUACUUGGGAGAAUUAACUCACCCCAAUCUAGUGAAACUGGUUGGUUAUUGCCUGGAGGAUGAUCACCAUCUUCUUGCAUAUGAGUUUAUGCAAAAUGGAAGUCUUGAGAAUCAUCUAUUCAGAACAGGAGGUUCACAUUUGAAGCCACUACCAUGGUCCCUACGAGUCAAGGUUGCACUUGAUGCAGCAAAGGGGCUUGCCUUCCUUCACAGCGACCCUGUAAAAGUGAUAUACCGAGACUUUAAAGCCUCCAAUAUUUUGCUUGAUGCGGAUUACAAUGGGAAACUUUCUGACUUUGGUCUAGCUAGGGACGGUCCAAUGGGUGAUCUAAGCUAUGUUAGUACAAGGAUUAUGGGUACAUAUGGUUACGCUGCUCCCGAAUAUAUGUCAUCAGGUCGUUUGAAUGCAAGAAGUGAUGUGUACAGUUUCGGAGUUGUGCUUCUAGAGAUUUUGUUAGGUAAACAAGCCUUGGACUAUAACAGGCCGGCUAAAGAAGAGAAUCUUGUGGAUUGGGCUCGACCGCACCUCACAAGCAGACGCAAGGUUCUCCGAAUAGUGGACCCUCGGCUAGACACACAGUACUUACCCGAAGAGGCAGUGAGAUUGGCCAGCAUUGCGGUGCAGUGUAUCUCAUUUGAACCCAAGUCACGUCCAACCAUGGAUCAAGUGGUUCGUGCCUUGCAACAACUUCAGGAUAACUUGGGAAUACCGAGUCAGACCGAUCCAGUUAAGGAUGGCAAGAAACAUGGUUUCAAAACCAGAGCUAAGUUACCAGAAGUAUAGGUUGUUUAUAUUUUCUUGCUUUGUUGUAUUAACUUGUAACAGCUGUUGAUUUUUUUUUUUGGUUCCUAAAAACAUUUUUU